GAACCUCCAACUCACAUAAUCGAUCUCGCUCUUGCGUGCGUACAAUGCAGAGGCUAUCCUGCGAUAAGCGGUCUUUAUAAAUAGACCGAACUAGCAAGUUGACUAGACAGUCCUUCAUAAUCUCGCUGUGCGCCUCCAGAGAAAAGUUGCGCAGAUUUCGAGAUGCCCAUCGAUCUUUACCAAUCGCCCGGAAGUCCGCCAUGUCGGGCAGUGCGCUUGGCGGCGGCGUCAAUAGGAGUGGAUCUAAACCUAAAGUACACUGAUCCCAUGGCCGGCGACCAACUAAAACCCGAAUUUAUCAAGAUGAAUCCACAACACACGAUACCUACUCUGGAUGAUAAUGGUCUAUAUUUGUGGGAAAGCCGCGCGAUUAUGACUUAUCUGGCUAAUCAGUAUGCCAAGAACGAUUCCAUCUAUCCAAAGGACCCCAAAAAACGAGCCUUGGUUGACCAGAGAUUGUUCUUCGACAUGGGAACUCUGCAUAAAUCGUUAUUCGAUUAUUACUAUCCGUUGUUGGUAAAUGGUGUCACUCCGGAGCAAGAAACAUACGAUCAAAUAAACAACGCCCUAUCUUUCUUGGAUAAAUUCCUAGAAGGGGAAAAUUAUGUAGCGGGAAAAACUUUAACUCUUGCUGAUCUUUCCAUAGUCGUCACUAUUCGUAACUAUAAGAUCGUGGACCAUGACUUCAGUAAAUAUAGCAACAUACAGAGAUGGUUUGCUAAAAUCCAAGCAGAAGCUCCUAAAUAUAACGAAAUCGAAAGCGAGGGUGAGAAAGCAUUCAGAGAAGUAAUUGAAAAAAUGAAAAAGAAGUGAUUUUAUAGAUUCUACAAUUGUAUUAUGAAUUGAUGCUUUGAUAUUUUUCACGUUAAUUUGACUUGCAAUAUAUAUAUAUGUAUGUAUGUAUAUGUCGUAUAUACAUUUCAAUUGUGCACAAACAAAUUAUGAUUGUUGAGCAUUAGAAAAGUGUUAAGAUAUAUGUUAUAUAUAGUUCUAAUGAAGAGAAUAAUUAAAAAUUAAAGAAAACAAAAUUAAAAAUUUGAA